AUGGAAUCUGGACCUUAUCCUGAGCAUCCAGGAGAACCAGAUUGUUCAUAUUACAUUAGGACCGGUCUUUGUAGAUUUGGAGCAACAUGUCGAUUUAAUCAUCCUCCUAACAGGAAGCUGGCUAUUGCUGCUGCACGGAUGAAAGGUGAAUUCCCAGAAAGAAUAGGACAGCCAGAAUGCCAGUACUACUUGAAGACAGGAACUUGCAAAUUUGGAGCCACAUGCAGGUUUCAUCAUCCUAGAGACAAGGCAGGGAUUGCUGGAAGAGUUGCCUUGAACAUUUUAGGCUAUCCACUCCGCCCUAAUGAGCCUGAAUGUGCGUAUUAUUUAAGAACUGGACAAUGUAAAUUUGGGAACACUUGCAAAUUUCACCAUCCCCAGCCAAGCAAUAUGGUGCUUUCCAUGAGAAGUUCUCCUGUUUAUCCUACUGUCCAAUCUCCUACUACACCAGGUCAGCAGUCAUAUGCAACAGGAAUUACAAAUUGGCCUAGUUCAUCAUAUAUACCUAGCCCACGAUGGCAAAGCCCUUCAAGUUAUGCUCCUUUAAUUCUACCUCAGGGAAUGGUUUCAGUGCCAGGGUGGAGUGCAUACAGUGGUCAAAUGGGAUCAGACAGUUCACAGCAAACAAUGGGAAAUGGCCAAAGCUAUGGAACUAAUCGGCAAAGUGAACCGGCAAAUGCAGGAUCCCAGGGGGCAUAUUCUCAAUUUCGUUCUGGCUCCGUCCCUGUAGGUUUCUAUGCGUUGCAGAGAGAGAACAUAUUUCCCGAGAGACCUGAUCAACCUGAAUGUCAAUUCUACAUGAAGACUGGAGAUUGCAAGUUUGGUGCAGUCUGUCGUUUCCAUCAUCCACGUGAAAGGAUGAUUCCAGCUCCUGACUGUGUUUUGAGUCCUAUAGGCCUUCCUUUACGUCCUGGAGAGCCUCUUUGUGUCUUCUAUUCACGUUAUGGCAUAUGUAAAUUUGGUCCAAGUUGCAAGUUUGAUCACCCAAUGGGAGUCAUCACCUAUAACAUAUCUGCAUCACCUUCAGCUGAUGCCCCGGGAAGGCGAAUAUUAGGUUCUUCAUCAGGAACUUCUGCAUUAAAUUUAUCAUCAGAAGGACUUGUUGAGUCAGGCUCAGCAAAUCCAAGGAGGCUUUCAUUAUCAGAGACCCGACAGAUUCCUUCUGGUGAUGAUAACAUUGAUGAAGAGGGAUAA